UAUUCAUAUACGCGUCUCUCUACAAAUAGAUGCUGCUUUGCUGUGUGUCACCUCUUUCUCUCUCUUUUCUCCAUUAAAUCUUACAGAACUUUCUGGUCUGUCUAUUUCUUCUUCUUCUUCUUCUUCUUCUUCUUCAUGGGUGCUAAUCUUUCAUCAGUAUUUGUAGACCCGAACCCUUUAUCUCGUUAUGGUUCUUUAUCGUCUCCAUCACCAACGCCGUACCCAACUCUUGAGGACUUGCCAGAAAGCUGUGUUGCUUUGAUUCUUGGUUAUUUAGACCCACCACAGAUAUGCAAAUUAGCAAGGUUGAACAGAGCAUUUCGUGGAGCUUCGUGGGCUGAUUUUGUAUGGGAAUCUAAAUUACCCACAAAUUAUGAUCGUCUUAUUCAAAGAGUUUUGGGUGAUGAUUUUCCUAGAAAGAUUAGUAAGAGAGAGAUUUACACCAGGCUGUGUAGAGCUAACACUUUCGAUGGUGGUACCAAGAAAGUAUGGCUAGAUAAAACUACUGGUGGUGUCUGCUUAUCCAUUUCAUCCAAGGGGUUAGCUAUAACUGGGAUCGAUGAUAGAAGAUAUUGGAAUCAUAUUCCAACAGAAGAAUCUAGAUUCAACUCUGUUGCAUAUGUUCAGCAAACAUGGUGGUUUGAGGUUGAUACGCAAUUUGAGUUCCCAUUUCCAGGAGGGACCUAUAGCAUAUUCUUCAGGGUGCAUUUAGGAAAAGCUGGCAAGAGAUUUGGUCGCCGAAUCUGCAACACGGAGCACGUUCAUGGUUGGGAUAUAAAACCUGUGAGAUUUCAGCUAUGGACUUCUGAUGGUCAGCAUGCUUCUUCCCAGUGUUUUCUAAGUGAUCCUGGGAAGUGGAAUCUCUACCAUGUUGGAAACUUUGUUGUGGACAACUCCAAUCCAUCUGUAAACCUCAAAUUCUCCAUGACCCAGAUCGAUUGCACACACACCAAAGGUGGUCUUUGUUUGGACUCCGUCGUAAUAUUACCAUGUAAAGUUCAAGGUUAAAGCAUUUUUUAUCCGCAUUUAACCUUAGUAAUAGGAAAUGCUAGAUUGUAGAGAGUUAGAGGAUCAUCAGGAGAGAGCAUAGUCUAGUUGGUAGUUUAAUUUCUAGGCCUUGUAUUUAGUUGUUUCUCGACAAGUGUUUCUUUCUUUUUGGAAAAUACUUAUCUUGACUGCGUUGUAUAAAUAUAAUAAAAUUAUAUGUAUUUAUGUCGGAGUUUCUUAAGAUUCAA